AUCUGAAUCAGAUGAUUGCCGAUGCACCCUAACCUAACUCAAAUGAUAAGAUUUGUCAAUUAUAUGGAAAAAGCAGAUCGUUAUUCUAAUUACUCGGAACCGCUAAAGAUUAUUAGAAAAGAAUGGCAGACCGUUUAUAAAGUCAUUCGUUUUGUAUUGUUUAAUUUUGCAACGGGAAACGUAAAUAAGUGCAAAUAUUUCUAUAGUUUUGGUGAAAUGAAGUGAUUUCGUAUGGAUCCUACAUGCAGAACAAAAAAUUAUGUUGCUUGCCACAUAUUCAUAAUAUUGCGGAUCGUAACGUGAAUCUGCGGAGCUGUGAAAAGAAUCGAACUGUCUAAUAUUUAAUUUAUUGAAAUCAUGAUGGAGUUGAGUCAUAGUUUAACCCUCAAUGAGGAUGCCCUUAAUCAAAUCCCAGAGGCCAAACGACCAGUUUUUAUAUUCGAAUGGUUGCGUUUUUUAGAUAAGGUUUUAAUAGCUGCACAAAAGAGUGACAUUAAAGGAUGUCAGCAGAAACUAGUAGAACAGUUAACUAAACAUAUGCAGGGGGCUCCUGGUCCCCCUACACGUAGACUCAUUGCAAGAUGUCUUGCCACACUAUUCAGUGUUGGCGAUACAUUUUUGCUUUUUGAUACUGUUAACAAAUGCAAUGAUAUUCUCAGAAAUAAGGAUGAUUCCCCAAGUUUUCUCCCAACAAGAUUAGCUGCUAUAUGUUGUGUAGGAUGUAUGUAUGAAAAAUUAGGAAGAAUGAUGGGUAGAUCAUACGAAGAGACUGUGCAAAUUCUUAUCAAAUCUUUGCGUUCUGCAGAAUCACAAACACGAAUAGAAAUCAUGCAUACUCUUGAAAAGGUUUGUGCUGGCAUGGGAUCCGCAAUUACAAAUGUUCAUAAAGAAAUAUAUAAAGUUUCUAGACAUUAUCUCACAGAUAGAGUAAUGGCUGUAAGAUGUGCUGCUGCUAAGUGUUUACUGGAAAUGUUGAAUCAUGCUCCAUUUUUAUAUACCACUGAAAUAGAAAGUGUUGCUACUCUCUGUUUCCGAGCAUUUGAAGGCUCAAAUUAUGAAGUGAGGUGUGCUGUGGCUAAACUGUUGGGUAGUUUGGUAGCAAUGACCCAACUUUCAACUCCAAAAGGAAAAAAUCCUUCAGUGACGCAAAACAAAAGCUAUAAACAAAUUUCCCUCGAUGAAGUAUUGAAUAUUUUAAUGGCUGGCUUUUUAAGGGGUGGAGUAGGUUUUUUAAAAGGCACUGGUGAAAUAAUUAAAGGAAAUUCUAGUAUUAAUAGAGAAGUCCGAGUUGGAGUGACACAUGCAUAUGUGGUAUUUGUGCAAAUGUUGGGAGGAUCAUGGCUUGAACGUAAUGUUGGUGCAUUAGUUGCACAUGUACUUGAUCUUGUAACUAAUCCAAAAGCCGCUAGUUCACAUGUUGAUGCUGUGUAUUCUAGAAAAUGUGUCAAUUUUAUACUACAUGGUACUAUUGGAAAAUUAUUAGGUGAAGGAGCUCAAGCUGCUGCUUGCAAGGAAAUAGCACACAUUAUUCUGAAGCAAAUGAAUUCUAUUGAUUUCAGUCCAGAGAAUGCUAAGGACUGCAAUCAAGAAACAUUGUUCAGUCAACACUUAUUAGUCUGUGCAUUACAAGAAAUGGGUAACUUAAUCUUGGGCCUGGGCACAACAGCUUGUAAUUUGUUGUCUGACCAAUCAUUGAAUUUAAUUGACACAAUUAUGACUGUCCUGGUUCAUCCGUGUCAAGCAGCAAGACUUGCAGCUUCCUGGUGUUUGCGUUGUAUUUGUGUAGCCGUUCCGAGUCAAAUAACACCUUUAAUUGAUCGAUGUGUAGAAGGAAUUGAAAAUAUGCGAAGCUCACCAGAAGCAAUAGCUGGUUACAGCAGUGCCCUGGCUGCAGUUCUCGGUAGUGUUCGUUUAUCCCCACUUGGAGUUCCGCAUACAAAAGGAAAAAUAAUUUUCAAUACCGCUGAAGAGCUUUUAAGGAGUGCAAGUCAGAAUAGUCGUCUAUCGUUAAAUAGGACUCAUGCUGGAUGGCUUCUAAUUGGAGCUAUAAUGACUCUUGGUACAGCAGUAGUAAAAGGACUAUUGCCUAGAAUGCUAUUACUAUGGAGGAACUCCUUUCCUCGUUCCAAUAAAGAACUCGAAAGUGAAAAAGCUAGAGGUGAUGCAUUUACUUGGCAAGUAACUCUAGAAGGCAGAGCUGGCGCUCUAUCGGCGAUGCACAGUUUUCUAUUGCAUUGUCCAGAACUUUUAAACGAUGAUAUUACAAGACGUCUUCUGACACCCAUUGAAUCUGCUUUGGCAAUGUUAACAAACUUGUCACCUGUAUUGAAAAAUUAUGGACAACAAUUGAAAGCUCCAGCUGCUAUGGUUCGUUUACGUUUAUAUGAAACGUUGUUAUUAUUACCACCACAAACUUUCGAAGGUUCUUACACGCAUCUCUUGAGAAUGUUAGUAUCAGAAUUUACAUUGACUGAAAACCCCGGAAAUACAACAACUUCAUUAUUGCGUGCUGUUUGUCAUGCUAAUGACUCUGUAAUCCUUGGCACAUGGUUACAAGAAACGGAUCACCGUACCAUAGAAGAUCAAAUGGAACCUAACAGAAGGGCGGAUUUGGAACAUCUUCAACCAAAUAGUGCUGCAGGAUCUGGAGCUUUGGAACACAACCCGUGUUGUCUUUACAGGCCAGUACCACAGGGUGAAAUAAUUCCUGGUCCUCUACCUUUGGGAGUUGCUGUUAUUGACUUGUCUGUAUCUCUGUUUGGACAAAUUUUCCCACGCGUGGCGAAUAAGCAUAGAUUACAGAUGUUAGAUCACUUCAGCGAGUGUAUAAAACACACAAAGUCUGGUAGACAAGAAGCAAUACAGAUGAAUGUUUUUACGGCUGUGUUGAGUGGAUUAAAGGGUCUUAAUGAAGCGAAAACUGGAUUUGGUCAAGAAGAUGUAAAAAAAUCUGCCACUAAUCUUAUAAUUAGUGCUUUAGUGAGCAGUAAUUCAAUACUGAGAUGGGCAGCGGGCGAAGCUGUUGGAAGAAUGGCUCAAGUUAUAUCAGAUCCUAAAUUUACAGCGGAAUUAGCGCAAACGAGUUUUGAUCGUUUGAAAUCUGCUCGCGAUGUUGCGAGUAGAACCGGUCAUUCUUUAGCGUUGGGAUGCCUCCAUAAAUAUGUCGGAGGGAUGGGAUCUAGCCAGCAUCUCAAUACAAGCGUCAGUAUUUUACUUGCACUUGCCCAAGAUAACUCAUCGCCUGUAGUACAAGUGUGGGCGUUGCACGCUCUUGCACUGAUAGCUGACUCUGGUGGACCAAUGUUUCGAGGCUAUGUGGAACCCACAUUGUCCUUGGCAUUAACUCUUCUUCUCAAUGUUCCUCAUUCUUAUAUUGAUGUACAUCAGUGUAUAGGGAAAGUAUUGUCAGCACUUAUUACAACAAUAGGACCAGAAUUACAAGGUAAUACGUCGACGAUUUGUAUGGCUCGUUCAUCAUUUUUGUGCGCUUGUGCUAUCAUGCAAGAUCAUCAAGAUCCUCUUGUACAAGCGGAAGCUACUGGAUGCCUUCAACAAUUGCAUUUGUUCGCACCGAGACACGUUAACUUGUCUUCUCUCGUUCCUACACUAUGUCGAACCUUGUCAAGUAAUCAUUUACUGUUACGCAAAGCCGCUAUAUCUUGUCUUCGUCAAUUAGCUCAACGUGAAGCAAAAGAAGUAUGCGAACAUGCAAUGACAUUGGCUAAUGAAAGUCGGGACACUAAUAUGGUCGAAGGUCUUGUUAUAACAGAAACUGGUCUUCCGGGUGUUUUGUUUAGUAUGCUAGACACAGAAACCGAUAGUAAAUUAAUUAAGGAUAUCCAUGAUACGUUAACCAGCAUGUUGCAAAUACUGGCUGCGGAUAAUUUAUCGCAAUGGUUAUCUCUAUGCAAAGAUGUUCUUACUAUAGCAUCAGAAACAUGUGGCAAUGAAGAAACCAAUACAAUUAAUGUUGAGGACAGUGCUACGGAUAAUGAUAAUGCAGAUGCUGAAGGAGAUGACGAUCAAGCUGAAUUUCAUGCAGAUGACUCCACAAAACAGCGACCAACUGUCACUCCAAGGUGGCCAACUAGAGUUUUUGCAGCGCAAUGUGUUAGACGAAUUGUAGCUGCUUGUGUGAAUAAUAAACAAGCACACUUUGAUCUAGCCUUAGCAAAAGAAAUGCAACUGUCUAAAGGAAAAAGUGACUUCUUGGUACUGCAUCUCUCCGACUUGGUACGAAUGGCGUUCAUGGCAGCGACUAGUGAUUGUGAUCCUUUGCGACUGGAAGGCUUGAAAACCCUUCAAGAGAUUAUAGAUAAGUUUGCAAAAGUUCCUGAACCAGAAUUUCCUGGACACUUGUUACUUGAACAGUUCCAAGCACAAGUUGGAGCUGCAUUGAGACCUGCAUUUUCAGCGGAAACAGCAUCGCAUGUUACAGCUGCAGCAUGCCAAGCCUGCAGUGCAUGGAUUGGAAGCGGAGUGGCAAGAGAUCUGAAUGAUCUUCGCAGAGUGCAUCAACUGCUUGUGUCCUCUUUGGAAAAGUUAAGAGAAGGACAAACCCGACCACAACUUUAUAAUGAAAGCCUGUUAACGUUGGAAAGAUUAGCAAUACUGAAAGCUUGGGCAGAGGUGUAUGUUGUUGCUAUGAUACGUGACGGUGCUGCAUUAAACAGUAAAGACACAUUUAAUCAAAAUAUAAAUCAUGUCGGUGAAGGAAAUGAUGAAGACUUUGGAAAGUUUGAAUUCCAGACUGAAAGUUUAUUGAGUUUAGUACAACCAGAGUUGUUGAGUUUAAGUCAAUAUUGGCUAGCUGCUCUGAGAGAUCAUGCUUUGCUUUCUUUACCACCAGAGUUUUCUAGUCAGUUGCCACACGAUGGCGGUGCUUUUUAUACAACAGAUACAAUGGAUUCUGCUCGACCUCAUUACGCAGAAUCGUGGGCACCGAUCCUUCACGCUGCGACACUGUGGUUGAAUGCAAAAGGUUUUGGAAUAGAGGAAACAACCAGUGAAGUGCAAACUUCGAACGUGGCAAAUAAUAAUAACAACAACAAUGAUGUGGCUACUAAUAAAGCUAACACUAAUAUUGAACGAUUUCAUUUAUUGUUUGGUAUAUGCAUGGAAGCACUAUGUAGUCCACGAUCUUCGGAAUCUACACAGAACAUAGAAACAUGCUUGAACGCCCUGUACACAUUAUUAGACUCUGCGUGGGCUCGUAAAGUGUUAAUUACAGAUCGCUCAUUACCACUUGAAUUAUGUAAUGUACUUCAUAGGAUGUUAUUAACAAGAGAAAGUUACGUAAUUCAGAUGAUAGUAAUGGAGGUUUUAAAACAAGUAAUGAAAGCUGCGCAAGAAGAUCUUACGGAAAAGAAAAAAAAUAAAUUGAAAGAAAUUGCACCUUCGCAUGAGGAAAGUAAUGAAACUCAAGAUGUAGAUCUAUUGGGAGAAGGUGAAGAAAGUGGCGAGCUUAUCCCAGGAAAGUCGCUUGUGUUUGCUAUUCUCGAAGUGUGUCUGUGCCUUUUGGUACGUCAAAUACCAGCGUUAAAUCCUAAUCCUGGUGGUACAACUGCAAUUUUAUCUCAAAGGGGAUAUAUGCCAUCCGAAGAAAGUGGGAAGCUCAUUGCAGCUGCACUUAAUAUAAUGGAAUCUCUCCCUACACUCUGUUCUCCUCAAGGAGCCAUAGCAAUUUUGCCGACAUUAUUAUAUCUAGCAACUGGAGUAAUAAGAGAAACCGCAGUACGUAUGGAUAAUGAGUGUAAUAAAACAGGCUCGGACAUACCAGUCCAUGCAGCUUUGCACUGCAUGAAAAACCUUACUACAAAUAAAUAUGCAAAAGAUCAUAGAAGCCAAGAUCAGUGGACAAGCCUUUUACAAAGUGCUCUGGCUAAAAUUAUUGAUCUCGCUAAAACAGGAAAUGAUGAGAUGAAAAUGGAUGAAGUGGCAAUGAUAUUAGGUAUUGCGGUUUUCGUUCUUCACGCUUUACCAGAAGUUGUAAGUGCACCGAACCUGCAGUUUCCAUGCAUCAAUCACUUUAGGCAUGCAUUCCAAUCGGAAAAUACAAUGGUCAGACUAAAAUGUGUCCAGACAUUGAGAACGAUAUUUUUGCAUCCAGAACGUACAAUUAGUACGCCUUAUAUUCAUGCAUUAGCUCCUAGAUUAGUGGAGUAUCUGUACAGUGAUAAGAGCAAACAAGUUAUAAACGAUAUCGAAUUAUCUUUUACCUUGGAAUGCGUCAGCACCGUUGAAGCUCUCAUAGGACUUGCAGAUCUUUCCCAUCGAGACCUUUUACAAGGUAUACAGAUGUUGACUUUACUUGUGCCAAUUCUAAUUAAUUAUUUAUUGGAAGGAGAUCAACUUCAACAAGCAUCUAAAUAUCAGUUAAGUCUUCAUCAACAGAGUUUUCAAUGGUUGAAUAAAAUAGGACCAAAAUAUCCUCAGGAAUUUAAAACACUAAUGUCGCAAUCCACAGAACUGAAAACGAAAUUAGAAAAUGCUGUCAGGUCUUCUCAUCAACAAGCACAAAGGCAUACCCGACCCGUAGAUUUAGUGAAACCACAAAUUAAGGUCUCCACACCAUCUAUUAAGCUCAAAACAGAUUUUUCAAAUUUUAACUGAAGUUUUCUGUAACUUUAUUUAACACAUUGUGUACCUGUUUAGAUAUACAUGUUCUUGUUGCUGUCAAUGAAAUUUACUUUUAGUGAGCUCUUGAAGUAUUCAUGAUAUAUCGAGA